GCUUUUGUGCGCCGCCCCAGCCGAGCUCCAGCCGAGCGGUGCCGAGCCGAGCUGAGCGGGUCGGAGCCGCGCCAGCCGCUGGGACCCGACGUGGUGACACCAGCCCCGGGUGGCCGCGCAUGUCCCUCCGCGGGUGACCCCGGGUGGAUGCUUGAGAGAGGAGGAUAAGGCACAAGAGUCUGGGACCGGUGGAAUGGAGGCCUGAUGUAGAUGGAAAGAUGGAUGAAGAAGAAGCUCUGAACUCUAUUAUGAAGGAUUUGGCAGCGUUGGGCAAGUGUGGGGGGCUGCUGGACAACAACAGGAAUAAAAACAGUGUCCACUCCAACAAACAGCAGCGAAGUGUCAGGAUCAAGUUUGAAUAUGAAGGAGAGAAAAGGAUUAUCCAGUUUCCAAGACCGGUCAGAUUCAAGGAGGUGGUGCAGAAGGUCACGGACGCUUUUGGGCAGACGAUGGACUUGGUCUGUGUGAACAAUGAGCUCCUGAUGCCACUGAAAUCCCAGGAAGAUUUGGACAAAGCCAUGGAACAGUUGGAGCUGAGCCCUUCCCUGAAGAGCCUGCGGAUCCUUGUGAGCGCUCCAAAGAAAGCGAACCUCCUGCAGCCCAACAACAGCAAGCAGCAUGAGAUGAGGAUCUCCAGAUCCAUGGGAGAUAUCAUGGGAUCCCUGUACAAAGACUCGGAGAGGACACGCAAAUAUUCCACAGGCUCCCUGCACACCGGGCGCAGCUCCCCGCCGCCGGGCAGCGUUCCCGAGGAGCAGCAGCAGAUCGCCCGCCAGGGCUCCUACACCAGCAUCAACAGCGAGGGAGAGUUCAUCCCCGAGACCAUGGACCAGAACAUGCUUGAAGCUUUCAUCAGCCCUGAUGAUUCGCUGUCUGGGAGCUGCCAGUCACUGGACAGGUCUGUGGACAGCCCUCCCUUUCCCCAAACCCCUGUUCCUGGAAGGAAGAGCCAUCCCAAAGACGGUCUUGAUUGCAUGGAUUUUGACAUCCCCUUCUGUGAGAGGUUUGGGAAAGGUGGGACCUUCCCAAGGCAGUAUCAUCUCUCCCAAAGUCGCAAGGACUACAGCGACGGCCGGAGGACUUUCCCCAGGAGUUACUUCCCACAGGAGAACCUGUUUCAGCUCGUCCCUUCCAGCAGAACCAAGAGCUUUACUGGGGACAGCAAGCUCAGCACCUUGCAGUAUGAUGAGUACAGGCCCAAGUGUUGGAACAAUUUUGAAAAGGGUCUGCAGGCCUUCAGCACCUCCCCUACAAAAGCCAGGAACUCCCUGCAGGCACCUGUGAAUUGGAGGCUGGGGAAGCUGCUGGGAAGAGGAGCUUUUGGGGAAGUUUAUCUCUGCUAUGAUGCUGACACUGGGAGGGAGCUGUCAGUGAAGCAGGUGCCUUUUGACCCUGACAGCCAGGAGACAAGUAAAGAGGUGAAUGCUUUAGAAUGUGAGAUUCAGCUGUUGAAGACGCUCCGUCACGACAGGAUCGUGCAGUACUACGGGUGCCUGCGGGAUCCUGAGGAGAAGAAACUGUCCAUCUUUGUGGAAUACAUGCCAGGGGGCUCAAUAAAGGACCAGCUGAAAGCUUACGGUGCUCUGACCGAGAAUGUCACACGGAAAUACACCAGGCAGAUCCUGCAGGGGGUCUUCUACCUACACAGCAAUAUGAUUGUCCACAGGGAUAUUAAAGGUGCCAAUAUUCUGAGAGAUUCUGCUGGAAAUGUGAAACUUGGAGAUUUUGGGGCCAGCAAACGCAUCCAGACCAUCUGUAUGUCUGGGACUGGGAUUAAAUCUGUCACAGGAACACCAUACUGGAUGAGCCCUGAGGUUAUCAGUGGAGAGGGCUAUGGAAGGAAAGCUGAUGUCUGGAGCGUGGCCUGCACCGUGGUGGAGAUGCUAACGGAGAAGCCGCCCUGGGCAGAGUUCGAGGCCAUGGCAGCAAUUUUUAAAAUCGCCACGCAGCCCACCAACCCCCAGCUCCCCGACAGCGUCUCCAGCUCCUGCCGCAACUUCCUCAAGCAGAUCUUCGUGGAGGAGAAGCGGAGGCCGACGGCCGAGGACCUGCUGAGGCACCCCUUUGUCAACUGCGGGCUCUGAGCGCUGCCAGCGGGGACGGGGAGCGCCGUGUGGGGAGGUCGGGCCUCACCCGGGGCUGUCCUGACAGUCCCUCCUCGCUCGCUGCUGCCUCGGCCCCGCCGCCUUGUUGGAUUUUCAAGCUGCGCUCGGGACUGUGGGGAAUUCAGAGCGAGGGAUUUCCCGGCCUUGUGCGGGUGCUGGACCAUGGAACCUCCCUGCUGCCAGCGGUACCGGGCUCGUCCCCCCUCGCCAAGUAACUGCUCUCUUGGGGGAAGUGUGACGAGUGGGGAAUGUCCCCUCAGCGAAAUGUUUCCCCCCCCGGCAAGCGGGAGUGCCCCCUCAGCAAGCGGGGAAUGUCCUCCCCGUUAAGCGGGGAAUGUCCCUCUCAGCGAGCAGGGAAUGUCCCCUCAGCAGGGCGGUGGUGCUGGCGGCAUCCCCAGGAGCGGUGGGGGAAUGGGAUGCUCAGCAGCCAUCAGCGCCUUUCGCAGAGGAACAGACAGGGCCUUCAGCCAAGCCGGAGGAGAUGAUCCUCAGACCGCAGAGUCGGGGGGACCUGGGUGUCCCCAUCCAUGAGGGGACUGACCCCGCUGGAGCGGCCGGCGGGGCGGCGUUUCACACUGUCCUGUGCCUUACGCGGUUACAAUCAAGGAGUGAUGCUCGGCUCGGAUCUGGUGUGAGGAUGCAGCAGCCGUGUUGACUUUGCCUUGGCGUGUGUGUGUGUGUGAGUCUGGGAACCAGGGGGUCUUCUCGGGGUGCAGGAGGUCUCUGCUGGGUACGCCCGCGGACGGAUGCCCGGGACCCCUGCCCUGGGCUGAGGGAUGGGUAAAUGAUGGUGGUGGGGGUUAAAUGCUGUGUGGGCAGGGCUGAGCAGCAGCCAGGUUGUGCUGGGAGCCAUCAGGAUUCAGGUGGGAGCUGAAGGGAAUCUCAGCAAGGACAGCUGUGCUCAUAGCCACAGUUUGCUGAGCCGUGCCCGUGCUGCUGGGAUACCAUCGUGUUCUGGAAGUGGAGCUGCAGGGAGAGCCCAGUGCAUCUCUGUAAAACCCAAGAGAGUGCCUAAAAUUAGGCAGAGAGGACUGAUGCCUGUGAAUCUGUGUGCAUCCUACUCCGGGCAACUCCUCCUCUGUUCCUUGUGGACCAGGUACAGGGAAGGGGAGCAUCAGUGGUGCCCAAGGGAGCAGCUGCAGGACAAUGGAGCCCCAGACUGGGAAAGUGGAGCUGCAGCAGUGGAGGGCAGCUGGAAGCAGAUUGCUUCCCUCAGUAGGUUUGAAGUUGUAUGAGAAAAUGGGCCAGUCAAAAGCAGAGCUGAGCUACAGCCUCUGUUCAGCACUGCCCUGCUGGAAAACCUGGGCAGGAAGCACGCACAGAGUCCCUGGAAGCUAGCUAAUUAAUUAAUCAAUCAGAUCUUGGGGGGUUUGGCAUAAAUUAAUUGCACUAUCCUACCUCCUCUGCUGCAUUAGCUCUUCCCACUGACUCAGCAAAGGGUCCAAAAAGCAGUUACCAGGAGGCUCCAUCCUCAGGCCAGUGUGUCAGACACAGGUUUAUUUUAAUGCUGGUUUUCAGUGAAAAUGAAAAGUGUUGCUUAGACUUAAGAAGAAAGUGGCAAAUUGGUUGUUUGUGUGAACAUAUCCUUGAAUUCUUCUGUGUGGAAAAGAUCAAGACUUUGCAUCACUGGUGUGAUGGUGAGAGCAUGUCCAUGUCCUCAGCUCUGAAGAGAGAAGCAAGAUUUAGGAGGCUGCCCAGUGUAGCUGUGGAUGUCCCAUUUCUGGAAACAUUCAGGGUCAGGGCUGGAUAUGGCUUGGAGCAACCUGGUCUAGUGAAAAAGUGUCCCUGCCCUAUGGCAAGGGGUUGGAAUGUGAUGAGCUCUAAGGUCCCUUCCAACCCAAACCAUUCAAAGAUUUUAUGAUUUCAAUAAUUAUUUCAGUUUUUUAAAAAAAACAACACUGAGUAUUAGGGCAAAUUAAAAGAAAUACCUAAAAGAAUUCCCUGUAAAUCUGUCUGAAAGCUAUUGAGGCCAUUUAUUCCAGGCCAGGUUCCAGGGAAGCUGGGGGACAAUGCUGGAGCAGCACUGGGGCUCGUGUCAGUCAGCCAUGGGGUGAUGGGCAGCUCCCCAUGAGGAGGGGGAAAAGUCUUCUUUUGCUGAGGGGGAUGAAAAAUUUUAUUCUGUGAAUAGGACCAAAUCCAUCAGUCUGGUCAGUCAUAUGGGAUGGAUGGAAACAAACACAAGGGAAAAAAAAAAUCAGUUGUCUGGGAAUGGGUUUGGCAGAAGAAGGUAAAAAAUGUGUGUUCACCAAAGCUAAAAAAAAAAAAUCAAACCAAUUUUUAAGCUGUUUUCUCUUCUUUUAUUAAAUCUGUUUGGUUUGGGUUUUCUCAGCCCUUCAGUGGUGGGAGGGUGUUUCCCUUCUUUGCAAAGAUUUGAGAGCCAAAGGGGGCUCCUGGCUGCCCCAAAAUGCUCGCAGGGCCCUCAAACCACCUCAGUCCUCCCAUGGAUGGAUGUGGCUCGUGUGAGUGUGUGUGUGAGUGUGAGACACUCCUCAGGUGCCUUUGCCUUUCUGGUUUGUAAAACCCUUGCAGUGUUCUGAUGUACAGAAUGGAACUAGGAAAAGCAAAUGGAAUUAUU